AUGAUUGAUAUUUGGCCCAUUUUUCAAUUCAGAAGACUCGGCAGGAAGAUAAUUACUCACGCUACUCAAUUUCUUUGGGCCAAAACAACUCACAUAGGAUGUGCUCUGUCAAAAUCUGUCCCAACUAAAGAAGCCGAAUUAGUAAAAUAUUACAUCGUUUGUAAUUAUGGACCAAUGGGAAACAUGAUUGGGGAAACUGUAUACGAAAGAGGAGAACCAUGUUCCAAAUGUCCAUACGGUGUAGCAUGUAAUGUGGAAUUUCCUGCACUAUGUGGAGAAGUCGAUGACAGCCAAAUAAAUCCCCAGGUGUCUGGCGGUGAAAAUAUUCUUAGCAUUGGAGUCAAAGGAGUCAGUGAUGCUGCUACUGUUAAUCUCGGCGGAUAUAGCAAAACUGGUGUAACUGGUUCAAGUGAUGCUGAAGCCGAUUCUGCAUCUAAACAUACCGCUACAAAUGCAGUUACGAAAGAUAGUAGUAAUGUAGCAGUUUUGACUGUCGCAAAUGUUAAUACUAGAAUGACGGUAGUCGCAGUUCAAGAUGCCCGUAAAAAUCCAACGCAAAUAACAGUAAAUUCUACUGUAGGGCCGAAUGUACUUGGAAUUAAACAGAAUUGUAACACCUGUGCCAGUAACAUCAACGUGGCUUCGCUAACGUGUAUAUUUAUUAUUUAUUUAGCAUUGUUAUGCCUUAUAGAGUAA